UCGCAGCUCUUGAAGGACGGCAGGCUCGACCAGCGGAACGCAGAGGCCUCGGUCGCUCGGCGCUCGUCGGCGUCCAAUGCGGAAGUGCGGCUCCGCGCCUGUCAAUCAUGGUGUUCGAGGCUUUGGUCAGCGACCUUCUCAACAGGUUCAUCGGCGACUACGUGGAGAACUUGGACAAGUCCCAGCUCAAGAUCGGAAUCUGGGGAGGAAACGUGGUCCUGGAGAACCUGAGAGUGAAGGAAAAUGCGCUGAGUGAAUUUGACCUCCCCUUCAAGGUGAAGGCCGGACAGAUCGGCACGCUGACGUUGAAAAUCCCCUGGAAGAACUUGUACAACGACGCGGUCGUGGCAACGCUGGAUGGCCUCUACCUGCUGGUUGUUCCCGGCGCCACCGACGGCGCGCUGAAGACGUGCCCGUUGAACGCCAUCAAGUACGACGCGGCCAAAGAGGAGCGCGACCGGCAGGAGGCCAAGCAGCGCGAACUGCAGCGUAUCGAGGAUGCGCUACGAAUGGCGGCAAGGCGAGCGUCGCAAAGUGGCGAGCUGCUCUUCAAUCUGGAGAGCGUUGUUGAUAAGGAGACACUCCACGUGGCAAAAGGAUGUAAAAAACACAAAAAGCACAAAAAAGCUCUGAGGAAGUUGAAACGCGAUCACCAGAGGAAGUCAGAGAAACCCGAGGAGGAGAAGAAGGACUCUUUCAUGGAGAAACUGGCCACGCAGGUCAUCAAGAACCUGCAGGUGAAGAUUAGCAGCAUACACCUGCGCUACGAGGACGACGUGUCAGACCCGCAGCGCCCCCUGUCCAUGGGAGUCACCCUGGCAGAACUCAGCCUGCAGACUACCGAUGAGAGCUGGAAGCUGUGCAUCCUCAACGAAGCGACAAAGAUCAUCCACAAGCUGGGCCGUCUAGAGUGUUUGUGUGCCUACUGGAACGUCAACAGUCAAAUCUUCUACCGCGGAUCACGGCAAGAGAUUGUGAAUCAGCUCAAGAGUGGAAUCACCAGCAAGGACCAGGAGCUGCCUCACUACCACUACAUUUUCAAGCCCAUCUUCGCUUCGGCCAAGAUCCGCAUCAACCCCAAUGCCGAGCAGGAGCUGGACUCUCCAAAAGCCCAACUGCACCUGGAGGUCCAAAACAUCGACAUCCAGAUCACCAAACCUCAGUAUGUGACCAUGGUGGAAAUGCUGGAGUCCGUCGACCGCAUGGUGAAGAACGCCCCCUACAGGAAGUUCCGGCCUGACGUCCCGGUCCACUCCAACGCCGCCUUCUGGUGGCGCUACGCCUUCAGCAGCAUCCUGGAGGUUCACAUCCGCCGGUCAAGCCACAUGUGGUCCUGGUCCAACAUAAGACGGCACCGCCAGCAGGUCAAGACCUACAAGACGGCCUACAAAAGCAAAGUCCUGAGCCAGAACAAGCUGAGCCCCGACGCCGAGUGCCAGCUUCAGGACUUGGAGAAAAUUCUGGAUGUGUUCAAUAUCACCUUGGCUCGACAGCAGGCCCACAUGGAGGUGGUGCGCUCGGGGCAGAAGGUGGCCGCCAAGAAGGCUUCAGGGGCCCACAAGCAGGGCGGAUUCUUUAGCGGCUUCUUCGCCCGCAAGCCCAAGAAAGAGGAGCAGGAGUCGGAGGAGAGCAAGGAGACCGAAGGCUCGGCUUUGGACGGCAUCAUGACCGCCGAGGAGAAGGAGAAGCUCUACGCCGCCAUCGGCUACAGCGGAAGCUCGCAUAACCUCGCCUUGCCCAAACAGUACGUCGCCGUGGAGCUUACCUUCCAGCUGCUCCGGACCUCGGUGACGGUCAGGGAGCGAGCCCGCGUCCCGCAGAUCCUCCAAGUGCAGAUGAUCCACCUCAGCAGCAAAAUCUCGCAGCGACCGGGAGCCCAGGCCCUCAGGGUGGAGGCGGCCCUGCGGCAGUGGAGCGUGACGGGCUUGGACGGCGGCGGCGGCGCGCCCUCCCUCAUCUCGUCGGCGGGCGACUCGGCGGCGUCGCUGCUCCGCGCCGCCUUCGAGCUCAACCCCGACGACAGCCCGGCCGAUCACCUCGUCCGCGUCCACUCGCAGCCCGUGCAGAUCAUCUACGACGCCAUGACGGUGAACAGCUUGGCUGACUUCUUCAAGAUGGGCAAAGGCGUGGAGCUGGAAGUGCUAACAUCAGCCACGCUUUCCAAACUGGAGGAGAUCAAAGAAAAGACGGCAACAGGUUUGUCUCACAUCAUCGAGACGCGCAAGGUUCUGGACUUGAAAAUCGACCUGCAGCCCUCCUACCUUCUGCUGCCCAAGGACGGUUUCUACUCGGACACCUCCGAACUCAUCGUCGUCGACUUCGGAAACCUGCAGUUCAACAGUGUUGAUGAGAACGCGCGCUCGUCCUCGUCGUCCUUCUCAUCGCUGGAGGAGAUCAUGGAGCGAGCGUACGAGCGAUACAGCGUGGAGCUGAGACGAGUCCAAGUCCUGUACAGCAAGUCGGGCGACGAGUGGAAGUCGUCCCGCUUGCAGAAUUCUUCUGGCCAGCACAUCUUGCGGCCCCUCGACCUGACGCUUCACGUAUCCAAGUGCAUGGUGGACAAGGACGUCCGGAUGCCCAGGUUGAAGCUUUCGGGGGAGCUGCCUCUUGUGCACGUCAAGAUGUCGGACGAGAAGAUCCGGAAGGUUGCGGAGCUGCUCCGCAGCAUCCCGCUGCCCCGCCCGCCCUCCGCGCCGGCCACGCCCGCCGACAAGGUGCCGACUUUGGCAGAGUCGCGACCACCGGCCCUCCUCCUCCAUCCCGCGCUCCUGAGUGUGGCUGAGACGGAUUCGGACGGCAGCGAGAUGUCGCCGGAGGAUGAACAACAGCGCUGGGCUCUGGAGGAGCUGACCGACCUCGAGUUCAAGUUCGAAGUCAAAGAGGUGCUGCUGGAGCUGACGCGGCAAGUCGAGCGGGAGAAGACGGUGCUGGCGCUGCGCGUUUGGCAGCUGGGGGCCCAGGGCAAGAUGAGGACCUUCGACACCAGCGUCACGUCCUACCUAAGGAGAAUCGCGCUGGACUACUGCGACGUGCCCGAUGGCGGGCCUCUUCACCUGAUCGGCUGCUCAGAGCAGCACCACGCCGACCUCCUCAAGGUGGACUUCAUCAAGGCGGAUCCGAGCGGGCCCGGCUUCCCGACGCUCUUCGGCAACACGGAGCAAUCGCUCAAGGUGGCGUUUUCCUCCCUGGACUUUCUUCUGGACGCCAAAGCCUUGCUGUCCACCAUGGACUUCCUGUCCAGCGCCGUCGCAUCGCAGCUUCCUUCGGAACGCAGCGCAGACGCCAGGAAGCCGGUGGACAAAGACCGAGGCAGGACAGCGUCGAAAGGCGUCAAAGACGCGGAAGUCUUCAGCUUGAAGUUGUUGGCCGUGCUGGGAUGUUUCCACGUGGAGCUUUGCGACGACCGCCGCAGCAUCGCCGACAUUCGAGUGCAAGGCAUGGACGCGUCGGUGCUGGUGCAGGCCAAGCAGACGGAGGUGUUCGCCCGCCUCCGAGACAUCGUGGUGACCGACGUCGACCCCAAGUGCAUUCACAAAAAGGCGGUGUCCAUCGUGGGCGAGGAGGUGUUCAGCUUCAAGCUGUGUUUGUUUCCGGGGGCCACCGAGGGGGACGGCUACAAGGACACGUCCAAGGCGGACGCCAAGGUCACCCUGCGCCUGGGCUGCAUCAGGAUGGUCUACCUGCACCGAUUCCUCAUGUCGCUGCUGAUGUUUGCGGACAACUUCCAUACGGCCAAAGAAGCGGUGAGCGCGGCCACGGCUCAGGCGGCGGAGAAGGCGGCGUCCGGCGUGCGUCAUUUGGCCCACAAAAGCUUCCGCCUGCUCAUGGACAUCAGGCUGAAGGCGCCGCUCAUCGUGGUGCCGCAGUCGUCCGGCUCCCGCGACGCCGUCCUGGUGGACCUCGGCCUCAUCACCGUGUCCAACAGCUUCGGCCUCACGUCCGCCCAGGGGUUCUCCCUCCCCGCCGUGGUGGACAAGAUGGACAUCAGGCUCACGCAGCUCAAGCUCUCCAGAGCAACCCUGAGGGCGGACUCCUCUUCCACCCCGGACAUUGAGAUCCUGGAGCCUAUCAACGUUGAACUCGUGGUCACCAGAAACACGGCUUCGUCCUGGUUCGCCAAGAUCCCCGGCGUGCACGUGCAAGGGGUCCUACGCUCUCUGAAGGUGAGCGUGGGGGAGGAGGACCUGGGCGUGCUGACGAAAGUUCUGCUGGAGAAUAUCGGCGAGGGAAGCCGAGAGCACCGCGACGCCGCGGAGGCGCACAACGGGACUCCAGAGAAGGUCGAGCUCGGAGAGCGGCAGGUGGCGCCGGCGCCAUCCGGGUGCACUGGCGGCGGCGCGGUCGAGGCCGUCGCUAACGGGGAGCCCGGGGACAACCCUGUCAAUGUCCUACUCAACUUUGAAAUCACAGAGGUUCUGCUGAGCCUGAAGAAGCCGAAGCAGAAGCUGGACAGCGAGGUGGAGAUGGAACGUCCUUUCCUGGUGUUCCACCUCGGUCACCUGGGCAUGGACACCAAAGUGAGAAAGUACGACACCUGUGCCACCACGUACAUCAGCAAGAUGACGCUCACCUGUCUGGAGUUCAAAGACUCCGCCGGAGAUCCUCUCUGUCUGGUCAGCUCGUCGGCGCAGCCUGGCUCCGAGCUGCUCAAAGUCCAGUACUUCAAGGCUGAUCGAGAGGGUCCCAACUUCUCCAGCGUGUACAAGAACACGGAACAGAUGAUCAACGUGACCUUCAGCUCGCUUGACCUCAUGCUGCACACGCAAGCGCUCCUGUCGACUGCCAACUUCCUGUCGGGGGCUCUGUCUUCAGGUAGCGCAAUGGCGUCUCCUGAGAGGACGCUCGGGCCCAAGACUGAAGACGGCAAAACGACGGCCGCCAAGUCGGACAUCACUGCAUCAUCCGAGCUCGGCGAGAUCAUCUCUCUGAAGGUGAUGGUGGCUCUGGGGGCCUUCAACGUCCUGGUGUGCGACCAGAGCAGCAACAUAGCGGACAUCAAAAUCCAAGGUCUCCACGGCUCGCUGCUGGUGCAGGGACCUCAAACUUACAUGUCGGCGCGCCUGAAGGACUUUGCGGUCCUCAACGUGGAUCCGGCCAGCAUCCACAAGAAGGCCAUCUCCAUCGUGGGGGACGAGGUGUUCAGCUUCUCCGUGAGCCUGACUCCCAAGGCCACGGAAGGCUCGGGCUACGCCGAUACGUCCAAAACGGACGGCCGGGUCAAGCUCAACGUGGGCUGCAUCCGGGUGGUCUACCUGCACAAGCUGGUCAUGGCCCUCCUGAACUUUGCCAACAACUUCCAGACGGCCAAAGCAGCCGUGAGCGCGGCGACGGCUCAGGCGGCGGAGAGGGCGGCGUCCAGCGUUCGGGACUUGGCUGAGAAAAGCUUCCGUCUGUCCACGGACAUCAAGCUGAAGGCGCCUCUGAUCGUCAUCCCCCAGUCGUCCGCCUCCUACCACGCCCUGGUCAUGGACCUGGGUCUGAUCACCGUGUCCAACUCCUUCGACCUUCUGCCCAUCGACGGAUGCCCUCUCCCGGCAGUGAUUGACAACAUGGACGUGCAACUUACGCAGCUCAAACUCUCCAGGAACUGUUUGGACCCCGCUUCGGGUGGAGCCUCCAGCGAGCUUCUCGAGCCUGUCAACCUGAAGCUGAGGGUCAGCAGGAACCUGGCCGCAUCCUGGUACAACAAGAUGGCUGCCGUGGAAGUGGACGGGGACCUGAAGCCCAUGAAGGUGGCACUGAGCCAGGAAGAUCUGAAGGUGCUGCUGAAGAUCUUGACAGAGAACAUGGCAGAGGCCGACAGCCUGCGGCCAAGUGACCCUAGACCAGGGACCGCUUCGCAGCUUCGAGUACCCGCGGGCCCUCAGCCAGGUGGCGCCGGCAAGCAGAUCAACUUGGAUGAGGACCGGGAUGAAAGUGUGGAGUCCAUCAAGUUCAACUUCAGCAUCGAGUCACUUGGAUUGGUUCUGUACAAAGACGAACCCGAACAGUCUUCCGACCAGGAAAAUUCCCGCCUGGGCGAGUUCGCCCUCCACCUGCUGAAGGCCUCCGGGAAGCUCUGGAACAACGGCAGCAUGGAGUUCGGCACCAUCUUGACCAACUGCACUUUGGACGACCAGAGGAGCGGCAUGGACAGGGUCACCUCACGGAUGGUGAGCCGACAAGACUCCGAGAGCUCCGAGGCCAUGAUCGACGUGGUUUACCGGCAGAGCGGCGCCGACCGCUCGGUGGUGGCCGUCCUGCACAAACUCUACGUGUGCGCCAGCGUGGAGUUCCUGAUGGCCGUGGCCGACUUCUUCCUGCAGGCUCUGCCGCGGCGGCCCCCCCAAAAUAUCGGCGCCGCGCCGAGCGACAGGCUGCCACUAAGACCCGCUGCAGAACCGAGGAGCGAGGCCAAGACCGUGUUGCAGACGAGGACGAGUGUCCGUGCGGUGAUCGUGGACCCGCAGGUGGUGUUCGUGGCCAGCCUGAUGAAGGCGGACGCCCCGUCCCUGCUUGUGUCCUUCCAAUGUGACUUCAACCUGCAGGAGCAGGCUGGAAUCCAGACCGCGACCGCCCAACUGAGGGCCCUCAAGGUCCUGGCCUGCCCCCUCAUCCACAACAAAGAGGACAAGGCCGUUACCACGGUUUUGAGACCCUGCUCCGUUGUCAUGGAAACCAAACAAGGUCCCAGCCAACCCCUGAGCGGCUCCGUCACGGUGGAGGAGGUCAUUGUCAAGAUUUCGCCGUUCAUCCUGAACACGGUCAGCACCAUCGUGGCGGCCAUGACGGCCAGGCAACGGGACCGCGACAAGACCGGAGACCAACAGGAAGCCCUCGAGGACCUGUGGCUCACCAAGAAGGUCUACGCCUGCAACUACUGGUUCCUGGGCGUGGACCAGGCCAGCGAGAUGACCGAGAACUUCAGGGAGCAGGAGGACCUGAACGUGGGCCAGCACUUUGCUGCCCACGUCAAACUCUUCCAGGUGACCCUGGAAUCCGGUCUGGGUCACCGUACGGUCCCCCUGCUGCUGGCCGAGUCCUCUUUCAGCGGCUCGGCCAAGAAUUGGUCCUCACUCUUGCAGCUCAAAGCCAAUAUGACUCUGGAGGUGAACUACUUUAACGAAGUCCACGCCGUGUGGGAGCCGCUGAUUGAGCGCCUGGACGGCGGCGCUCGCAGGUGGAACCUUGACCUGGAGAUGAAGACCAAUCCCGCGCAGGAUAUGAGUCCGGUCCACGGAGACGACUUUGUGAUCCUUCCGGAACCGCGCGUGGCCGUCAACAUCUGCUCCGGCGACGCCCUAAACGUCACCUUGUCGCGCUGCGGCCUCAACGUCUUCAGCAACCUGGCCAAGGCGUUCUCCGAGGGUGCGGCGUCCACCUUUGACCCGUCCAUGAAGGAGAAAGCUCCGUUCACCAUCCUCAACGCUCUGGGCGUCCCGCUCAUAGUGCAGCACAGCGCCAACUUGAGGCCGGUGGGCGCGGCGCAGCACGGCAAACUGCACGAGCUGCCGGCCCGGCGCAGCAUGGACUUGGAACAUUCCGUCUUGGAACCCUCGUCUCGGGGCAAGCUGUCGGCUCUGCAGCGUCAGGAGAGCUGCUUGUUUCACCUCACCAUCGUGCCGGCGGGCUUCAGCGAGAUCACCAACGUGCCCGUGGACAGGCCGGGCCGCCGCCUCUACAACAUUCGCGGGCCCGAGCUGCAGCAGGCCGUGUCGCUGGUGGUCCAGGUCGACGCCGCCGACGGCAACAAGCUCGUCACCGUGCGCUCGCCCCUGCAGAUCCACAACCACUUCUCGGUGCCGUUCAGCGUGCUCAAGUUCUGCCCCUCGGCCCGCAGCCUGCAACCGGUCGGACUCGCCCACCCCGAGAAGGAAUUCCACAUCCCGUUGGACGCCUACAGGUGUCAGCUGUACGUUUGCCCGGCGUCGGAUCUGUCGUCGGAGUACGGUCCGUCAUCCACGUGCGUGUCCUGGAAGGAGGAAGUGCACCGCAGCUCGGAGGUGCGCUCGCUGCUGCAGUGCCCCCCGCUGGACGCGGGCGGCGGCGUACUCCCUCUGAUGGUCAGCACGCUGGCCGCGCCCGACACCCUCAACCACAUCGCCAGCCGCGGCGAGGACGACUGGGACCCGGCCUACGUCCUCCACCUGCACCCCGUGGCCACGCUCAGGAACCUGCUGCCCUACACGCUCCGAUACAUGAUGGAGAAUUGCGCCAAUUCUUACGAGCUGGCGGAGGGGAGCACGUCGGACCUUUUGAACGCCCGCCUCUCCGGCGAGAUCAUGUCUCUGGUUCUGCUGCGCUACCAGGGCCGCGACUGGCACGGGCACCUGCGCGUGGACCGGAACAUGCCCGAGUUCCUGGCCGUGUGCCUGACGUGCGACUCUGACGCCGCCGUGACUUUGGACCUGAGCGUCCACGCGGCCCCGGCGCCGGGUCGCCUUCUGCUGUCCGUUUUCAGUCCGUUCUGGAUCAUCAACAAGACGCGCCGCGUCCUCCAGUACCGGGCGGAAGACGUCAGCGUCAAGCAUCCGGCGGACCUCCGGGACAUCGUCCUCUUCUCGUUCCGCAGGAAGAACAUCCUCAGCAAGAACAAGCUUCAGCUGUGCGUGUCGACCAGCUCCUGGUCGGACGGCUUCUCCCUGGACACGGUGGGAAGUUGCGGCUGCGUGCGUUGCCCCGGCAAAAACAAGAGCGACUUCCUGGUGGGUGUGAGCAUCCGGAUGAGCAGCUUUGCCCUGACCAAGAUGGUCACCAUGAGUCCCUUCUACACGCUGGUCAACAAGUCCUCCUACGAGCUGGAAGUCGGCGAGCCCGUCGGCGCCGCCACCAAGUGGCACUACGUCCCCUCGGCCGAGUGCCUCCCGCUGUGGCCCGAGAGCACUUCGGGCAAGUUGUGCGUGCGCGCGGUGGGCUCCGAGCGAGCGUCCCAGUUUUUCUUCUUUGACCGUCAGGACAACGGCACCCUGCUCAACGUGGACACGUGCGGCGGCAUCACGGUGGACGUCAACGUGUCGGACCACUCGAGCAUCAUCGGCUUCGGCGACUACUACGAGGGGGCGGCCCCCGCCCUCCUGCUCAACCACACUCCCUGGGCGGACAUCAGCUACAAGCAGAGCGGCUGUUCUGCCGUCCACCAGCUGAAGCCCGGCGAGGUGCGACGCUUCGCCUGGGACGACCCGGCCGGAGUGCGAACGCUCAGCUGGAGCUGCUCGGAACAUUCUGGAGAGACCGACCUUCUCAAGGACGAGGUGGGUCAGUUCUCGUACGACAGCCUGUCCGAGGUUCACUGGGUGUCCUUCCUGGACGGCCGUCAGCGUGUCCUGAUCUUCACCGAAGACGUGGCCGUGGUGACCAAAGCUCGCCAGGCCGAAGAACUGGAACAGUACCAGCUGGAAGUGCGCGUCUCGCUCCAGAACCUCGGACUCUCGCUGGUGGACAGCGCCGGCCGCCAGGAAGUCGCCUACGUUGGCAUUCCCAGUUCUGGCGUGGUGUGGGAGAUGAGGCGCAAGAACCGUUGGAAGCCGCUGAGUCAGAAGCACAUCAACUUGUUGGAGAAGACGUACCAAAGCGUUCAGAGCGGCCAGCUGCCGGCCGGUUGGACCAAAGUGGACGCCAACCUGGAGGUCAACCUUGGCGCCGCCAUCAUGAUGAUGCGCCAGCCCUUUUCCUGCCCGCUCCGGAGGAACUUCCUGUCGGGCAUCCAGGUGGAGUUCAAACGCUCUCGGCACCAGCGGAGCCUUCGGGCGCAACUGCACUGGCUGCAGGUGGACAACCAGCUCCCGGGCGCCAUCUUCCCCAUCGCGUUCCACCCGGUUCCGCCUCCCAAGUCCAUCGCUCUGGACUCAGAGCCCAAGCCCUUCAUCGAUGUGUCCGUCAUCACGCGCUUUAACCAGCACAGCAGCGUCACGCAGUUCAAGUACUUCAUGGCGUUGGUCCAAGAAAUGGCAGUGAAGAUCGAUCAAGGCUUCCUGUCGGCCAUCUUGGCUCUGUUCACGCCUGCUGCUGACCCCCAAGCCACCGGACAAAAGAGUCAACUGAUCCAAAAAGACGUUGAGCUGCUGCAAGCCGAACUGAUGGAGAGUUCGCUGAGUGACGCGUCGGGACUCAACUUCUUUGAGCACUUCCACAUCUCGCCCAUCAAGCUGCACCUGAGUUUGUCGCUGGGCUCCAGCGGCGACCACUCGGGCCAGGACGCCGCCGCCGCCGUUCAGUCGCUCAACCUGCUCCUGAAGAGCAUCGGAGCCACACUGACCGACGUGGACGACCUCGUCUUCAAGCUCGCCUACUUCGAGGUCAAGUACCGGUUUUACCGCCGCGAGAAGCUAAUGCGGACGGCGCUGCGGCACUACAGCGAACAGUUUUUGAAGCAGAUGUAUGUCCUGGUCCUGGGUCUGGACGUGCUGGGAAACCCGUUUGGACUGAUCCGCGGUCUCUCCGAGGGUGUGGAAGCCUUCUUUUACGAGCCUUUUCAGGGGGCAGUCCAAGGUCCGGAGGAGUUUGCUGAAGGUUUCGUGAUCGGAGUGCGCAGCCUCCUGGGUCACACCGUCGGUGGCGCUGCGGGCGUGGUGUCCAGGAUCACCGGCUCGGUGGGCAAAGGCCUGGCGGCCAUCACCAUGGACAAAGAGUACCAGCAGAAGCGCAGAGAGGAGAUGAACCGGACCCCCAAAGAUUUUGGCGGGAGCUUGGCCAAAGGCGGGAAAGGACUUCUCAAGGGCGUCGUCAGCGGGGUCACCGGCAUCGUCACCAAACCGGUGGAGGGGGCCAAGAAGGAGGGCGCGGCGGGUUUCUUCAAAGGCAUCGGCAAGGGCCUGGUGGGCGCGGUGGCCCGGCCCACGGGCAGCAUCGUGGACAUGGCCAGCAGCACCUUCCAGGGCAUCCAGAGGGCGGCGGAAUCCACAGAAGACGUGAGUAAGCUUCGUCCGGUUCGACUGAUCCGAGAGGAUGGAAUCAUUCGACCCUACGACCUCAGCGAAUCGCAAGGCUUUGACCUUUUUCAGCGUUCUGAGCUCAAGCAGCUGGAAGGCGAAGUGUUCCGAGAUCAGUGUCCUUAUCCCGGCCACCGAAAAACCAGCAUCAUCGUCACUAACAGGAGGGUGGUGUGCGUGAAGGAGAUGGACUUUGUGGGCCACUUCAACAAAGACUGGGAGUGCUUGUUUGAAAACUUCUGCUCUGCCCCCAACGUCUCCGGAACGCGACUCAACAUCUGCUGCAAGGAGCAUCACAAGUUGAAGCUUCCCAAGAAAGAUCCUCAGCCGUCCACUCGCAGCAUCGACUUGAACGACGCAAACACGGCUCAGAGGAUGCUGGCCUCCAUCUUGGACGCUCAAGCGGAUCACCGGCAACGUCGCAUGAGCAGGCAAAAAUCGCGGCGCUUCCUCAAAGCGACUACUGGCGAGCCGUGAUGUCACAUCCUGUCCCGUGACAUCACUUCCUGUGUAUGACACGGACGCCGACUGUCACGCGACUUCGCGGGAGAGCGGUGAAGUCCCGUUUCGGUUUGGACCGCAGGCAUGACGAAAGUCACCGCUUGUUUUUUUUUUUUUUUUCUCCCCAUCACGGAUGCAAGAAGAUUUUUCUCCAGAGGGGGGCUGGGGGGGCUUUUUGAAUGAAUUUGCAAUUGCUUUUAGUAUUUAGCUUCAAACUUGCAAGUGUCUCAUAACCAGCAGACACGAGGACGAGGAUAUCAGAAAUAUCCUCGGCUCACUAAAAAGAUGCGCACGACAGAUUUCUGAUUGACUCGUAUUUUUCCGUCCGGCACCGAAGCACGAAUUUUUGCGGAUUUUGCAGGCAUGUUUUGAAAUCGUCGAUUGUUCCGUUGGAACGCGUGCGUGCUUAGGUGACGGAAGCUUUGCAAACCUUUUUUUUUCUCCUUUCUCCAUUUCUAUUCGUUUUUUUGUUCAUGCCACGUGUUUGUGUGUCAACGAAAGCCAUAGAAGGAAGUCCGGCAAAAGUGGAUCACAAGACGCCAAAAAGUUUGCUCCCUGUUGCCACGCCGCCGAAUGGAGCAUCGGCACGCGCACGCACGCACGCACGCAAUUUGAGGCGCUCUCGUUUGAUCGGUGGCAAAAGACGUCCGCGUCGACAUUUUGACUUCUGUCGCUCAGCUCAGAUUGUCAUUGUUGGAGGCUUUUCUUCAUCCCGGGCCAAAAUCUCAUUAAAAGAAAGAUUUGAUUUGCACU